CGGUGCUAGAUGAGCUGUCGGGCACCUCGUCCUUCACAUACUCUCUCACCCUCCCCAUCUCCCUUAGCUUGGGGGGGGUCUGUAUCCUCCGGCUGCCUCCGGCUGCACAGGACAGGACAGGACCGGACCGACUGUGCCAGCGCAGCGCAGCGCAGAGCCUUUGUUCUAACCGGGAGCUCACCCUCUCUGUGUGUGAGUGUGUGGGUGUCUGUGUGUCUCUCCCUGCACCGGACUCUGCCCGGUAACCAUGGAGACGUCGUCGCUGGAGCGGCAGCUGCAGAGCGUGCAGCGCAACGUUGCAUUCCUGAAGGGGGAGCACAUGGAGCUACUGCAUGGCCUGCACAUGGAGAUCCUGCAGCUGCAGAAACGAUGCACUGAACUCACAUGUGAGCUGACGGAAAAGUCGUCAAAACAUGACCCGUCAGCAGCAGAGAGUGAGGUAGUGCUAGACUGCGGGCCGCUGGAGCAGCUGCUGCAGGAGAGGGAGCAGCGUAACACGGCACUGCGAAGGGAGCUGCAGCGCAAGGAGUCGCUGAUCGGGGCGCUGGAGGGGAGCAUGCGGAGGCGGGAGCGCCUCUUCCUGGACGAGCUGAAGCGCCGGAGCCACCGCAUGGCGGUGCUGAGCAGCGAGCUGCAGCGCCAGUCGGAGGCGGCUGCCGGACUCACCCUCCAGCUGCACAACGUCAAGCUCAGGCUGGGCGUCUCCCGGCCCCCUGACCUUCCUCCCGACAGAGCCAUCCCCUCCUCCCCCGUCUACACGCUGAAGAAGACCCACAAACUCCACUGCAGAGCGCCCGCCACCGUCUGUGGCAACAGCGGCGGAGGCAGCAGAGCUCCAGGCAGAAGCUGCAACCAGCAGAGAAACCUCCCUGGCUGGGACGCCAUGCCUGACCCUGCCUUAUUCCUGCAGGCGAGACGACACCAUCCCCACCCACAACCCCAUCCCCAUCUCCAGCCCCGGCCCCACCCCUCCAUCUCAGACCACAGCAGCUGGAAACCACCCAGAACUCCAACCCAAGGAGCCUCAAAACCCUUGGACCUUCUGGGACCUCCAGCAGAUACGGAGAUCCCCCUCACCGACGACGACAGCAACGGAGAAGACCCCCAGAAGUGACCGGAGGUCCCCUCUUCUUUAUUGUUUGGUGAUUUGGAGACCAAGGGGGGGGGGAGGCGGAGAGAACUUCCUCAAGAAGGUUAAAAGGGCACCUCAGGAGGUGACCCUCGUGGUGGACAAUGAGAGUUGCGGAGUCCUUGACUGUGUGGGCCAGCUGGGUAGAUACCCCCAGUGUAUCCUCUCCAGUGGAGUCAACGUUCUUCAUCUCCAGGCUUGACUUUGCCCUGGACCUUCUCCCUCGACCUCAACCUCAACGCUGCCCUGGGUCAAACACAACCAAAGGGAUGGGGAGUGUAAGAACAGCCUCGUCUGAGGUGGUACAACCCAAGCUGGCAGAUCCUGCACAGCUCUGACACUUAGGAACUGCAGACGCUGAAAUCCUGAGCCAAACUCAAAGUGCUGGGUUUAUAGGCUAAAUUUCCCCUGGUGUGUAUGGAGUGGAUGACAAAGUGGGAUAAUGUUGAACUAGUGUGAACGGGUGAUCGAUGGUCAGCAUGGAUUCGGUGGGCCGAAGGGCCUUCUUCUACACUAAACUAAACUUGAUACAACAAUUGGCUUUUGGAUUCACAGUGGCGCAGCGGGUAGAGCCGCUGCCUCACAGCGCCAGAGACCCGGGUUCAAUCCUGACCUCGGGUGCUGUCUGUGUGUGGAGUUUGCACAUUAUCC